UCAUAAAAAAGCAAUGUGAUUGCGUGAAGCUGAGCUGAAUGGCAUGCGCAGCAGACAAGAGCGGCAUAGAAUUUUUCUGAAAUGAGCACAGACACAUCUCUGUGUUAGUUUUUAUUUGGUUUGGAAAAGGACCUGUAAUGCUAUUGGCGUUUCAUGCCAAGUAGUCGACCGUUUUAUUUUGUAAGAGCAACUAUGUAUCGGAGUAAAAGUGCUGUGAAAUUUUCAAUAUUAAAGAAACCAUAAUAUCGCCUAAAUCGGAUUGCAUGCAAAAAUGGAGCAAUUAGCACAGUUUGUAAACAAAUCGUUUGAAUUUAAUUUAACUCAUAAUCGGGUUAAUCAUUUGUUUAACUCAAUGACAAGUGCUCGUGUUCAUAAACUAACCGACGCAACAACAAAGUCUAUAUUGGUCAAUACAAAUAGAUUGGAAAGAAUUUCCGUCGAUAAUUGCACCAAUGAGGACGAAUCCAUGGAUAUUGAUAUAACCGAUGUUUCCGUUGCGGAAGAAAGCAGCUCUGAGGAUAAAUCGAUCCUACCCAAACCUUUAUCAUUAGUUAAACUUCGUUCGCUACAGCAGCAAUCAAAUUCAACUAACUCCAAUAAUGAACAUUUAUGUAAGACUGAUCCUGCUCCUAAGCCCAAAAACUGGCUAAUUUCUGAUCUAUUGGUGUCCGACGCACAUUCGGAAGAAAUGAAAACUUCUGCAACAAUUACAAUAAACUUAAACGAAAGUUCAAAUGAUAGUAAUUCUGCAGAAAUAUCAUUGCACAAGGUGGUCCCAUCUGAAAAAUCUAUAUCUCCGGAACCACAAACAACAAUAGGGGAAAAUGUAGCACGACUAGAGCCUUCAGGACUUAGUAGUAAACAGCGAAGAUCACGAACCAACUUUACGCUUGAACAGCUCAACGAACUAGAAAGACUUUUCGAAGAGACCCACUACCCAGAUGCCUUUAUGCGAGAGGAACUAAGUCAGCGAUUGGGACUCAGUGAAGCACGAGUGCAGGUUUGGUUUCAAAACAGAAGAGCCAAAUGUCGAAAACACGAAAAUCAAAUGCAUAAAGGUAUAUUACUAAGUAGCCGAAGCCCGCCGGUGUCAACGCCUCUCGAGCCUUGCCGAGUGGCGCCCUAUGUAAACUUGGCUGCUAUCCGCAAUACAAAUACGUCUAUUAUGCCAUCUACGAACGCUUUAAGCUCUGUGCAGCAUCAAUCCGGGAAAAGCGCCGCCAGCAUUGUAAAUAAUCGGGCGCCAUCACCAGCGGCUGUUGUGACAGCCGCAGCUGAACACUUUUCAGGCAGCGUUGCAGCCGCAGCAGCAUUUUCCGCGUUCGAUCCAGCAAUUUUAUCUGCUGCUGCACACCAGUAUGCGGCGGCAAUAACUAAUAGAAGCAGACCCACUGGACUUUUCGCAUUGCCGCAGUAUCCGCUUCAUUUGGCCGCAUUUGCCGCCGCGCACAAGAACUCUAGCAUAGCGGAUUUACGAAUGAAAGCUAAGAAACACUCGGAGUCGUUGGGCCUUGAAGCAGAUAUAGUUAUUUAGUACAUACUUUACGAACUAAAUUAGAGUAAGGCUAGUCUAGAGUUGUCUAUUUUAAGCAAUCUACUAUUUUAUUGAUAUUGAAACAAUUACAAUAAUUACAUUUACCAUACUAUUACCAGAU